AUGGCCUCAUCGAAACGAACAUUUAGAAUGUUUGUAGAGGAAGAGUUAGGCAUAUUCCCACAUUUCCUUGUGUGGGCAGUUCUUGAAUGGAUGCUAAUCAUAUCACUAUACCUUGAUGGAUUCUUUACGUUUGUCUCCAACAAAUUCGCCGAUACGUUUGAAUUAGAGCCCCCGUGUGUGCUAUGCACACGCGUCGAUCAUGCACUUUGUGGGAAGAACCCCAAUUUGUAUUACAACGACUCAAUAUGUGAUUCUCACAAGAAAGACAUAUCCUCUUUAGCAUACUGUCAGGUCCAUGCAAAGCUUUCUGAUAUUCGAACCAUGUGUGAAUCAUGUCUUCUUUCUUUUGCAAUUGAAAAAGACUCCGAAAAAGACUUAGAUGAGCACAAGCCAGUGGUGAAAAAAGUAAAGGAAGUUAAUAAAAUAGACGAUCCAAAUAUAUGUUCGUGUUGUGGCGAGUCUUUGAAGCCGAAACAACCUACUAAAGAGUUUUCUAAAAGCUUAUCAAGCCUUCGUGCAUCUUCUCUAUUUUCAACAUCUUCCCCUAGAGCAUCGUCUUUGUUUCCGCCUUCUCCUAGAGCAGCAUCCUCUCCUAGAGCGUCCUCUUCGUUGUUGCCUGCUUCUUCUCCUAGAGCGUUUUCUUCUUCGCUGUUCCCAACUUCUUCACCUAGGGCAUUUUCUUCAUUAGCACCAAUGUGUUCCCCUAGAGCCUUUUCAUCACAGUCCCGGUUUACAGACCUCAAGUUUGUGUAUGAUAAUGAACUAGACAUGCCUGAGGACGAACACACGAAUGCAAAAUAUUCUGAAGAAGAUGCAAGCAAAACUUCUAGUAUUGUAAAAGGAAACAAGUUCUUUGGUAUACCGUUAACAGAAGCAGUUGCCAGCAGUCCUAGAUGGGCAAUUAAACCUCCCAAGAAAGCAGCUCCGUUAGAAAAGGUCGAUUUGGCUUCAGAAAGCAUCGAAGAACAACCAACAGACGAGUAUUCGACUAUUCAACAACUAAAGAAACAAGUUAGCGACAACAGAAAAACACUUGUAACAUUGUAUAUGGAACUUGAUGAAGAGCGCAGUGCUGCCACUGUUGCAGCUAACAACGCGAUGGCUAUGAUCACACGAUUACAAGCCGAAAAAGCUGGUGUUCAUAUGGAAGCAUUGCAGUAUCAAAGAAUGAUGGAUGAACAAGCUGAGUAUGAUGAAGAAGCCAUUCAGAUCCUUAAAGAUUUGCUUCUAAAAAAAGAGGAAGAUGUUAGGAUUUUGGAAGCUGAACUUGAUACUUAUCGAGGGCGAUAUGGAGAAAUCAGGAAACGAGGCAGUGAUGAAUAUGAUGAUGAUGAUUUUGAGCCUCGGUCUUGUGGCGGUGACAAAUUAUCUGAGAGCUGGAAAGAUGACAAUGUAAAUGUAAAUGUAAAUGCAGAUGUAAACAGAAAGGAAUCAGAUUUUGAAAUGGAAAGAUCUCAACUGUUUGGAAUGUUGAAAGAUAUUGAAAAUCAUAUUCAUUCAUCUUCAGAACAAUAUCAUCAUCAAGAUAACAAUAAAGGUGACGACGGAGACAAUGCUACGCUUAGGCAAGAGGUUAAUCAACUAAGAGAGAAGUUGGCAGCCAUUGAAGCCGAGAGCGGAUUUUUGAAGCACACCGCGAUGGCACUUGAAAAGGAUGAGCCUAGCUUUCAUUCAAAUUCAGGGUGUGUGAAAUCUUUCCCGAAAAGGACAUUUUGUGGGCGAGAUGGCCUCCGGGCCCAACACCUGUUGGACGCUAUUAGCGGCGAGAGGUCGGCGACUGCCUCGGGACUGCUUACUGCCAUCACUGAAGAGACCCAGCCUGCUAGGCUAUACGUGGGGAAUGACCGUGUCGGGGCAUUCACAUGGGUCCAGCAAGGGGAUCCCUUGGGACCUUUGCUUUUUGCCCUAGCCUUACACCCUUUAGUGCUUCAGGUGCAGGAAAACGGGACGGUUAUCGGGGACGCAGUUCAGGUUGCUAAAGCUCUUGACAUCAUCGGUUUGGAGGGUCCAACCUUGGGGCUACGGCUUAAUAUUAGAAAAACUAAGGUAUUUUGGCUGACAUGCAACAGGGUGAAGGUCCGGCCAAGGCUUUUCCCCUGUGAGAUUGGGAGGCCGGAGAGAGGUGUCAAACUGCUAGGAGGGGCAGUCAAUCGUGAUGCCAGUUUUAUUAGUGGUCUAGCGGCUAAGAGGGCAACGCGAGCUAUUUACAUUAUGGGACACCUUCCCUUGUUGCGGGAUCCUCAAAGCGAACUCCUCCAGCUUAGAUCUUGUAUGGGGGUUGCAAAGUUGCUAUUUAGUUUGCGAACUUGUCAGCCCAACUUUGCGGUUGAUGUUGUUUCAUGUUUUGAUAAAGGUCUUCGGGAGGCAAUAGAAGACAUUGUCGUAUGUGGGGGGCCUUUUUUGGUGAACUCCAAUGGCGGAUCGCGACCUUGCCGAUGCGGCUUGGUGGGUUGUGUAACACCCCAGGAAAACCAGUGA